AUGUAUGUCAAAGUCGAGACAGAACGUUUAGCGUUCAUCCGAUUCAAUCAGGCAAAGCUACGAUCUGAGGACUAUAUACACUUGCGUGAUGCUAUUCAUUCAGAUGGUGAUGUUGAGAGUGUUGGACGUCUGACGAUUCUCCCAUCAUCUUAUAUCGGAAGCCCACGCCACAUGCAUGAAUACGCUCAAGACGCUAUGACAUACGUGCGAAAUUAUGGAACUCCCGAUUUAUUUAUUACAUUCACAUGCAAUCCGAAGUGGAUGGAAAUUGAACGUGAGUUGGAACCGGGUCAGAAACCGCAAGAUCGCCAUGACAUAAUCGCCAGAGUAUUUCAACAAAAACUCAAGGUUAUGAUGGAUGUGCUUACUAAGUAUCGAGUUUUUGGUGACACACGUUGUUAUAUGUACUCGGUGGAAUGGCAGAAGCGUGGACAACCGCAUGCUCAUAUCCUAAUUUGGUUGCUGAACAAAUUACAUUCAAAUGAAGUGGAUGACAUCAUAUCAGCUGAAAUUCCUGAUCCAGUCACUGAUCCCCAUCUACACAACAUUGUGACGACACAGAUGGUGCAUGGACCGUGCGGUGCAUUAAAUCCAUUAUCGCCUUGCAUGGCUGAUGGAAAGUGCACAAAACGAUAUCCGCGACCGUUAGUUGCUGAAACAGUUACAGGGAACGAUGGAUAUCCAGUUUAUCGUCGGCGUUCAAAAGAAGAUAAUGGUCGAACUAUCAAAGUUAAAGUUAAAAAUCAAGAGAUUGAGAUCGGAAAUGAAUUCAUUGUACCAUAUUGCCCGCUGCUAUCACGAAUUUUCGAAACACAUGCAAACGUUGAGAGUUGUCAUUCGGCCAAAUCAAUCAAAUAUUUGUGCAAGUACGUCACAAAAGGCAGCGACAUGGCUGUGUUUGGUAUUGCGUCGGAAAAUGCGAAUGACGAAAUCAGCAACUUCCAAAUGGGCAGAUACGUCAGUACUAAUGAAGCACUGUGGCGAUUAUUUUCAUUUCUAAUUCAUGAAAGAUAUCCCACAGUUGUACAUUUAGCAGUGCAUUUGGAAAAUGGCCAAAGAGUUUACUUUACUGAGGCUAAUGCAGCACAACGAGCUGAGAGACCACCAUCGACAACAUUGACUAGCUUCUUUGCAAUGUGUGAAGCAGAUCCAUUCGCAGCGACGCUGAUGUACGUUGAAAUGCCCAAGUAUUACACUUGGAAUCAAUCAACAAAGAAAUUCCAACGUCGCAAACAAGGAACCCCAGUUCCAGAUUGGCCACAGGUGUUUUCCAGUGAUGCACUAGGUCGCAUGUAUACUGUUCAUCCUAGAAAUGUUUUUAUUUGCGACUGCUGUUAG